GUUACUCCGUUUCUCACGGAUCAAGAAAUAUAAAAUGUUUCGUCUUGCUCUCAUCUUCACUGCCCUUUUUGGAGCUUUUGUCUCCGCCCAGCGUGAGAGCGACCUGUCUGACAUUUCCGCAGCCGCCAAGGCGUACAAAUCGGCGGGGCUAGCUUAUCAGGCUGCUGCAGCAUCCACAGGAGCCGCGUCGGCGGCUGCCACGGGAGGAUCUGUCGUCGACUACACAACCGGCCAAUCCGUCUCUUUUCUGCGCAAAGGAGCAAUGCUAC